GCGCUACCUCUCUCUCUCGCUCUCUCUCUCUCUCUCUCUAAAAAAGAAAGUUCUUUCUGAGUUCUGUGAAACAACUGGGCGGCAAAGUGCAUUUCGCCCAGCCCUCUGAAAAUUUAUUCUCUCUUGUUCACCUUGGUUUACAGUUUACCAACGAUGGUUUAAGAACAUAAGAGGUCAAUAAUUUUGGAGUGAUUGGUGUCCAGCAUGAUUUUGGACAAUUGAUAUGCAGGUCUUGGAUGCGUGCAUUUGUUAUUCUAUUUAAAAGACAAUUUUUGUUUUGGUUUUGAUCCCAGCAAAAAGUGCUUCAAAGGAGAAAGGCGAGGUUUUGCUUCAAAAUAAAAAUGUGCUAAAAUCCAAUAUCGACAAAGAAAAAGAAACCAAUCACACAAAGCUCACCCCAGGAAUCAGUCUUCACAACAGAAAAUAGGAAGAAGAAACUAUUGAGAGAGAGAAGGAUCGCUGACGUUCGAACACCCAGGAGGAGAGAAGAACAGCCGGAGAGGAAAGGACCUGAUGAUUUAAGCUGGACUUUUUGACAUUUCACCCCAAUUUGAGGAGUAAAUUACUAUCAAGUCCCAUUCGUCCGCAUGCAGACCUCCCCAACAGAGACCGUAUCUAGCAGUUCUCAAUCACAAUUGCCAGGCUGUCAGCUUUCUGAAAAUGAAUGAAUGGCAAGCCAUGGAAGAACACUAAACAGCCGAUCGUCUUCAAGAUGCUUGCUUUCUUCCGUCUUUUUCUUCUUGUGUUCCUCUGUUCAUGUUAAUUCCUAUCCUGGAGAUAUUCUUAAGCAUGGAGAGUGUAUUUCUAGGAGUAGAACUCUUGUCUCCGCUAAAGGAACGUUUGAACUCAGAUUCUUUACCACUAGGAGCAACACCACUAGCCCCAAAAUAUUCGUCGGAAUAUGCUAUAAAUGGGACCGAGAUACAGUUGUAUGGGUUGCCAACCGAGACAAACCAUUGCCGGCGAACGUUACUGGUGUUUUCCGAAUUGCAGAAGAUGGAAACCUCAAGGUAUUGGAUAGCACUACUGGUGAACAAUAUUGGGCUACAUCUCUUGUGAGUUCCUCCUCUACAAACCGAACUGUGAUGCUCCUGGAUUCUGGAAACUUAGUGUUAAGCGAUGAUCACAUGCCGCCGAGAUUGUGGGAGAGCUUCAAAAAUCCAACCGAUACUUUUCUUUCAGGUAUGGAGAUGGAUGAAAACCUCACAUUAACUUCAUGGAAAGAAGAUGAUGACCCCGGAACUGGGCAAUACUUGUUUAAACAAGAUCAACAAGGGAAGGGCCACUAUGUUGUGUCAAAAAAUUCUAAGCCUCACUGGAAAAAUGGGAUGCGAGGUACGUUCUCGAGCUCAAAUGAAAUGCCUUAUGCCAUAGCCUCGUUGUUAUGGCCCAGUAUCAGCGAACCUGACAAAAAAUCCGACCUUCUGAAAAACGCAACAAAACAUCUGCCGACUAAUCGAAGUUCAGAUUUCACAAGGUUGGUAAUGAAUAACAAUGGGCAGUUGCAGUACCUGACCUGGGAUGAGAGGAAACGCAAUUGGUCUUUGACAUGGUCGAAGCCGGAAGACGAAUGUGACAUUUAUAACUAUUGUGGGAAAUUUGGGAGCUGCAAUAUUAACAAUUGGCCAAUUCUAUGCAAAUGUUUGCCAGGGUUCGAGCCUACUAACCCUGUUGAUUAUUGGGAUUUAAGAGAUUUUUCUGAUGGGUGCAUCAGAAAUUUGAAAUCGACAUCAAAUAAGAUCGAUACGUUCUUGAGCUUGAAGAUGCUAAAAGUGAGCAACCCAGGAUCAAAUUACAAGGUAACAAAUAAAACGAAAUGUGAAAAGGAGUAUUGCCUUGAAAAUAGCCAGUGCGUCGGUUAUUCAUAUCAGGAAGCUGUAAACAGCGGGCAAAGACGUGAUACUGCUGUUAGUGACAACAUUUGCUGGAUUUGGAAUGAUUACAUAGAUAAUCUUCAAGAGGAGUAUCCGAACCAGGGCCGUGACCUCUCUGUUCGCGUGGCAAAAGCUGACUUAGAAUCAACUUCAAGGACCUGUGAGCCUUGUGGCACAUAUACGAUCCCCUAUCCCUUGAGCACGGGAGAAGAUUGUGGUGACCCCAUGUACUUCAUUUUCGACUGCAACGCCUCGUCAGGCCAGGUUAGCUUCAAGGCACCCAGGGGCACCCAUCCUGUUGUUAGCAUCAAUCCAAGUGCACGAAACUUUGUCAUCCAAGUCAUAAAUUCAAGCAUAAUUCCGUCGCUCAAUGAGUCAUUGCCAUCUAUUUUGAACGGCACUUUAGGCAACUCCACCGAUCAAUUUGAAGGCAGAUUGGAGGGUUCUAGAUCACAAAGGAAAAAUAUAGUCAGCGUACAGAUUAGUUGGAAGCCACCAAUGGAGCCAACCUGUACUUCAUCCACGGACUGCAAGGAUUGGCCAAAUUCAACUUGCAAUGAAACAAUAGAAGGAAAGCUGAGGUGCCUUUGCCAUCCAAACUUCCGGUGGGAUGGCUCAAAUUUGAAUUGUACUAAAGAAAGUUAUUUUCCCAAGUCUUCAGAAAAGCCUUCAACGAGAAAGAUUCUAUUGCCCCUGAUUGUGGUGUUACCUCUUGCAUGUGUGACUGCUCUUGCUUGCAUCAUUAUUUUUAUGUAUAUAAGAAAGAUGGCCAAGAGGCAAGAAGUGAUAAGGGAGAAAAGAAAACAAGCACUUUACGCGUUGGACAGUGAAAGACAUGUCAAAGACUUGAUAGACUCGGUUGGGUCCAUUGAAGAAGAUGGGCAAGGCAUAGAAGUACCUUUUUUUGAUUUGGAAUGCAUACUAGCCGCUACAAAUAACUUCUCAGUUGCAAACAGGCUUGGGCAGGGGGGCUACGGGCCUGUUUACCUGGGUACAUUUCCAGGAGGUCAAGAAAUUGCUGUAAAGAGGCUCUCAAGUGUAUCACGACAAGGCUUACAAGAAUUUAAAAAUGAGGUGGUGUUGAUUUCAAAACUCCAACAUAGGAAUCUUGUUAGACUUCGAGGAUAUUGCAUAAAUGUAGAUGAAAAGAUUUUACUCUAUGAGUACAUGCCAAACAAAAGCUUAGACGCAUUUAUCUUUGAAAUCUUGCAAGAUAAAAAUCUGAGCAUGCUUUUGGAUUGGAAGAUUCGCUUCAACAUUAUCUUGGGAAUAACUAGAGGGCUUCUUUAUCUUCACCAAGACUCUAGAUUGAGGAUCAUCCAUAGAGAUCUGAAAACUAGCAACAUUCUUCUUGAUGAGGAGAUGAACCCUAAAAUAUCUGACUUUGGUUUGGCAAGGAUUGUUGGAGGAAAAGAAACUGAGGAUAACACAACCCGAAUAGCCGGAACUUUGGGCUAUAUGUCUCCGGAGUACGCAUUAAAUGGAAUUUUCUCCGUCAAAUCCGAUGUUUAUAGUUUUGGUGUAGUUAUCCUUGAGAUAAUAUGUGGAAAAAAGAAUACAGGAUUUUAUCAAUCAGAAGAAGCCAUGAGCCUUGUAGCUUAUGCAUGGAGAUUGUGGGAAGAAAACAGGGUGUUGGACUCAAUGGACCAAUCCUUGCGGGAGAGUUGCAAUGUUGAUCAGUUCUUGAAAUGCGUUAAUAUUGCAUUCUUAUGCGUACAAGAAGACCCAAAUGACCGCCCCCACAUGUCAAAUAUCAUUACCAUGCUUGACAGUGAGAUUGCGACAGUUCCAACUCCUAGACAACCGGCUUUCAUUCUUAGAAAAGGCCUGUCUAGCACAGCAAGUUCUUCUAGUCAAGCACAGACACGUGCCGAAUGGACUUCUAGUUUGGGAGAAACAUCAAUAUGAAUGAUGAUGAUCUGAUUGUGUUUCAUAUGAAGCUGCGCUAUGAAGUCAGCUUUGUGAUGUGCUUAUUGUCCUAAAUUUGUUUCGACAUGAUAGUUAGCUGUCUCCUGUUUCUAUACAACUAAUUCUAGUUUUAGCUGUAAUUGUUUUGGAAAUUUAGAACUGGAGCAACUUUGUUUUCA